GGGAAGACACAUCACGAGAUGUGCCAGCAGUUUCGGAAGGUCGUAAAGUCCGCAUCGAAGGUGCGGAAGGUGCGGCGGCUACACCGCUGGAGGAGUUCCGAAGACUGCUGGGUCAAUUGGAGCAGCAGUAUAUGGCGGCUCUUUCCUCGAAUGUGCAGAAUGCCCAGGGUCCCCAGCGUCCCCAGGGUGGAAAGGAGUUGGAGGCAGAGAAUUCCACAAGCUCGGCGAUCGGAAUUCCGCCCUUUGAUUCUCAGCUCGCAACCAUUCGUACCUCCGACGAACCUGCUCCUUCAGCAGGAGCCGACGUGUCAUACUCCGGAGAAUCAGAGGCGGAGUCGUCUCAA